UCAGAUAAAAAUAAGAUUGAAAAAAGACUUCGAAUUAUUUUAGAAAAUUUCUAUUCGCAAUCCUUUUUAUUAUUUACAGUUUCAAAUUUUAAUAUCCUCAAAGAUAACUCUUUACAAAUAUAUGUAAAUAUUCUCAAUUUAUUAUUUAAUUUUAAUUCUAUUCUAACUCGUUUCAUGUAUUUUUUUUUUCUUUUUCUUCAUCCAACUAUGAUUUCGGCAUCAAACGCUUGUGGGGAUAGUUAGUGGAAUGAAAUAUGCAUUUAGUCGAACCGGUCCGUUAUUGAACCGGACUAAUUAUAAUAUUUUUAGAUAAAGUAACAAUAAUUUUAAUUCAGUAACCAUAUAUCAAGAUUACCAACAGAACGAACGGGGGUUGAUUGCCUCCGGCGAGGACUGCUUCCCUCGUUUGAAAAGGUCCGAGCGCCGAUUCGGGUCGCUCCCCGAUAAACCUGGCACGCCUCCUUUCCUUUAUCAGCCCUGGCAGCUGCCGUCUUUAUUCUGAGAGCACCACGAAAUCGAUCUCCUCCCGUGAUCAGGAUCAGUGAAGAUGAAGUUCUGCAAGAAGUACGAGGAGUACAUGCAGGGGAAGAGGGAGAAAGAUUUCCCUGGAGUUGGGUUGAAGAAACUUAAGAAGGUUCUCAAGAGAUGUAGGAGAGACCUAGAGGCCCAACGUCAACGCCGGGAAGGAGAAGAGGAAAGCAAAUGCCCUUGCAGUUGUGCAGUGUGUGAUGGGACAUUCUUCCCAUCCCUACUCAAAGAGAUGUCAAUAGUUGUUGGUUGCUUUAAUCAGAGAGCACAGAAGUUACUCGAAAUGCAUCUGGCGUCAGGCUUUCUAAAGUACUUUGCAUGGUUCUCGGGCAAUUCUCAGCAAAACCAUGAAACUUUAAUGCAAGAAGGCAAGGACUUAGUAACAUAUGCCAUCAUAAACUCCGUUGCCAUGAGGAAAAUAUUGAAAAAGUAUGACAAGAUUCAUUUCUCAAAGCAAGGGCAGGCUUUCAAAUCACAAGCAUUCAAGAUGCACAUUGAGAUCCUUCAAUCUCCAUGGCUGAGUGAGCUAAUGGCCUUUUAUAUUAAUUUGAGGCAAGCCAAGGUCAAGGAUGAAGCUAUUAUGAGACCAUUUGGUGACUGCUCACUCACAUUCAAUGAUGACAAACCAAGACUUUCAUGUGAACUCUUUGAAUCUAUGAAGAUAGAAGUAGAUUUGACUUGCUCUAUCUGUUUGUUGUUCUGCAGCAUCAGUGACAAUUGUCGAUGGGCUAAAGGCUGCAGACCCCAAAGCAAAAUGUCCUCUUUGUAGACAGGAAGGAGUUUUUGAAGGUGCUCUCCACCUGGAUGAACUGAACAUCUUGUUAAGUCGAAGGUCCGUCGUUCUUACUGUGAUGCUCUAACUCGGAUUGCUGUAAUAACAAAUUCUUCCCUCGUUAUACUCAAAACAGUUGUCAUGAUUACUGGGAGAUGCGACUUCACAACGAAAGAGCUGAACGCCUUCGUCAAGCCAAAAAACAUUGGCAACUGCAGUGCCAAGCAUUCAUGGGUUUCUAACUGCAACUUCAGCUACUUGUAUAUAAACAGUAAAUGAACGAAGAUAGUAGGUAAUAUUCUGUGUCUUGAUGGCCUUCUGGGAUAUUAAACUUGGGACUGAUAUCUUUGACUUGUGCCAUUUCUCUGAUGAAAGGUUGUUGCAAUAAAUUGGUUUUUCAGAUUGUUUA